CAGAACUCGCUCUUCAAUACAGCCCUUAAGCAGUCGACAGCGCUGAAGCGUGAUCUAUCUGCAAGUCACACGCUUUCACCCGCUCUUCUUGGACAGUUAUCUGCAUCACUCACAAGUUUUUCGCGCACCCUGGAUUCGUUUGCUGAGCUCGCGCGCUCUGAGCUCAAUACCGCCAAAAAAGCUAAGGCCGAGGAGCGUCUUCAGUCAUUUCGUGCCGAUCUUGCAGCCUUUCGCUCCGAACUACGCGAUCUCCAGGCCCAGAAUGAAGAUGCACAAGCUGUUGCUUCACGAUCAGAGUUGCUCGGCCGUCGUCCUCAUAAUGCUACGGCGAUGCCCGACAAUCCGUACUCAAACACUGCCGUCACGGCUAGCGCUAGUGCUGACUCCCCCUGGGCGCCCAAGUCCACUUCUAUGAGUAUGGGAAGUGGCGACGCGGCACGGGAAACCCAUGCGUUCCGAGAACAGCAGUUCUUUUCCCAAACAAACUCUGCCCUCGAUGAUUACCUUGCUCGCGGUCAGGCCGUUCUUGGUGAUCUAAAUCAGCAGCGAGAAAUAUUGAAGGGAACCCAAAAGAAGUUGUACAGUGUUGCCAAUACGCUAGGGAUCAGUGGCGACACAAUUCGUGUGAUAGAGAGGCGUGCAAAACAAGAUAAAUGGAUUUUCUAUGCGGGCGCUUUAGUAUUUUUCGCAUUUUGUUGGCUCGUUUUACAUUACUUUUAA